GUUCAGAAGUGUCAUGUGCCAUUGAAACUCAGGUUAUGUUAUUGUUAUUUUUAUUCAAAACACGUUUCGUUCAACAAUUAGGACAUUAAUUCAUAAAUUUUGUUAACAAUUACAUUAAAAUCAAAUCUGGAGAAUAUGUCCAGAAAAUAUUUUAAUCUUAAAAAAUAAAAUAUACAAUUAGAAGGAAAAUCAGUUAUAUGUUUGUGAGUGCACUGUGAUAUUCAUGAAUAUUAUCUACUUAUCUCUAUUGUCAUAGAGAGUUCAUAAGUGCGAGUUAAGGAAAAAUGUUUUUGCCCAACUGAGAAAAAGUUUCACUCAACUUAAUGAAUAUUAAUAGUAUACUAUUCAACAAUUCGAACAAUAAAAAUAAGGAGUCGAACAAAAAAAAAAGUCAUAAAAAUUGAAGAGUCUGAUAAACAAAAGGCCUAAUGAAGAAAUCAAUUGAUUCUCCCAGUAAAACAUUUGCAGAUGUUUGCAAAGCGUCACCAGACAAACUUCAGUCCUCAACUCAAGCUGCCGACGAUGGAAAAAAAUUGGAAAUUAAGAAAAAAGAUGCCAAUUGUCCACCGAAGCAAUUCGAGUAUACUCAUCCUCAUCGCUUAUUAAGUCUUUUGUAUCAAUUAGAAUUAUCCGCAUUAUCUUUACUCAGGACAUCCGUAUCUAAAAAUUCUUCAAAGCCUAUAUUUCAAAAUUCCCUAGACGGUCAGUUUAACAAUAUUGUUCUACAUUUUAAUGAAGAAAACUUUUGCAUCAAGGUACAAUAUGUCGAUACUCAUUAUUCACAAAAGUGUCUUGAUUACAAUUCCCUCUUCUCUUCAAUUGAGGGAAAAUUUAAUAUUAGAAAAUACCUUAACGAAUUUGCAGCCGAAUUACUCAAUUAUUCAGAUUCUAUUUCUUCAGCGCCGAAAUAUUUAAUUAUCUUCACGAAUGGGGAUUUAGAUAUAACCAAAAAUAGAAAAUUCAAACAAACGGAAAAUAUUUUCAUACCACAAUUAAGUGUCGUAAAUCCAGAGACUGAUAAAAAUUUACAUCAGUUCUUUAAAAGUAAUGGUAAAUUUUAUCGAUUCUCCGAUGAUGAGGAGACGAGGGAGUUCCUGGCGGAUAUGGUGACGUUCAAUCUGCAAAUUAGAAGUAAAAUGAAGAAGAAAGGUUUAUCUCCAGAAGAAGUAAGAAGGGCUUUUUUCGAUAGAUUAAUCCUCGCCGUGAAUCAAGCGAAAAUAUCAGAAAUUAGCGAUACGUUUCGACGGGAAUUGAAGAAAAGUGACGAUACUCUUCGACGGGAAUUGAAGAGUGACGAUUUUUCAAAAAUCGUACUUGCUCAAUUGUUAGAAGAAGGAGAAGAAGAAAACAUAGUUGGUUGCGAAUAUCUAAGAUCAAUGCUGUACAGUUACAAUUUAUUCAUCUUCUGCACUCACUCAAUGUUUCUUGAUGAAAAUAUCCACUCUAUUCGAUUCGAAGAGAACUUUCAAUCACACACCAUCAGAAUUGAGAUUAAUUCCAAAAGUCUACAAAUCAAAGCACUUGAAAUUGAUCUCUCCAGAUUUACGCUUCAAGAAUUAGCCAAACAACGGGAUAUUUUUUCCAUUGACGCUUAUUUUGACAACUAUCUCAAAAUGGAAUUCAAAAGCACCAACUAUUAUGUUAUUUACACAAAUGUCGGUUGUCCCCUACUUAGGGAAUUGAUAAUAGGAAAUAAUUUCGAUCUCCUGAAAUAUGAUCCUACAGAUGGUCCACAAUUCACCGAGAUAGAUAACGACGAUGAACGAUACUCAACACUCAAGCAUUUGAAUUUUAACAAUUUAUUCAAAUUUACAUUAGGUGAGACAAAAUAUUGGUAUCAACCGGAAAUAUCACCAUUUCUCAAAGUGGGCGAUUAUAGAAGAAAGAAAACUUUUGCCGAAAUGCUUGAAAUUGAAUUAAAGAGGGAAUUUCUGGAGAGUAUUGUCUUUGCUGUCAAGCAACCGACUUGUGACGAAUUGUACAAAAGUAUUGGGAAUAUUAAAAAUACGCCACAAGUGCCUUAUGAUACUGUGAAAUUGGAUAAAAUCGCAUUGUCGUAUUUACAGUCGCAUGAAUAUGUGACAUUGACAAAGGAACUGAUGAUUAAAAUUUCUGAUGAGUUAGAAAAAAAACGGAGCGUUGGCAAUUAUGUUGAAAUCGAAUUCGCAAAACGGGUCCUCUCGGCGGAUUUGCCGGAAUUCGGUCAAUUUAUAGACUUUCUGAUCAGGGGUAAUGGAAAGUGGUACUUGGACAUUUUGAAAAAGAAUGACGUGAGCAUUUCCUCUUUGUCGAAGGUUAUUGAGGGAGCAAAGAGUCAUGAGGUCAUACAAACUUUCACUGAUUUUUGCAACAUAUGCUUCGAUCCCGAAGGAGGGAAAACUGAUGUUUUGAAAAAUUUCGAAGGCAAGGGACUUCCGAUAAACUUCUUUUCUAUGAUUCUAAGAGGUUCUGGUUCGGAAGCUCCUAAAACACUUCGAGAUUUACACGAUCUUUGGUUCGAUGAUUUUGGAAAUCCGACAAAUUACAUGCGAUCGAUGGAAACUGAAGCGGUAUUAACACAAAUACCGAUGGUUUUUUACAAUUCAGGAGCCGAUUGUGUGGGACGAUUGAAAGCAUUUUAUCAUUUUUGGUACGAUCCAAAUGGAACUAAAACUCAAAGUCUGAAAAAUUUAGAGAACAACGGAAUUCAUUUAUCAGCUAUUUGUAGUAUUUUAACGAAAUCAGGCGAAGGGUGCUUUCAAAAAUUCUACGAACUCUGGUUUGAGGAAAGUGGAAAGAAAACUACACGUUUGCAAAAACUGGAAGAAGAAGGAGUUACUUUAGUUCAAGUCUGCAUGGUAUUGAGACGAACCGGCAAAAAUGUUGUCGAAGCUUUCGAUAAAUUGUACAGCAUUUGGUUCGAUGAUUCGGGACUAAAAACACACUAUUCCUUGACAUUAUUGGAUGAGAAUGUACACUUUUCAGAUAUAGUGGAUAUUUUACAGAAAACCGGAUCCAACGCUCUGGAAAUAUUUAAAGAUCUCUACGUCCGUUGGUUUUUAGAUGAUGGUACAAAAACUAAAUAUUUGAAAAUUCUCGAAGCAAAUGGAAUCGAUGUUCUUAAAACUUGCAAACAUUUAAGUGCUGCAGGACUUCAGUCUGUUGAUAAGUUUAAAAUUCUCGUUAAUUCUUAUGAUCCACUGUGUCAGUGGAAUGUACAAACAACGCAAACUAGCGAAGAAGGACAAGUUGUGGAAAAAAUUCCAAAAAUCGACAAAAAGAGAGAAGAAGAGGUGAAUACAAUAUUGAUGGAUUUUACGAAAAAGGAACCUAGAGAAUCAAAACAAAAAGAAGAAGAAAGAACAACUUUAGAUUCAGAUACGGAUCCAGAUCCAGAUCCAGAUGAAAGUGACGAUAAUUCCGAAGUGUCAAGCAAUGAUGAUCUUCUGAUCACAGAUGUAAAAUACAUUGGUUAUUUUCUCCCGAAAUCAGAACGAUUAGAACUCAAGAGGAAACAUCAAUUCGUCAAAUCAUUUGAUUUUGGUGAAACUAGUUCAGAAUAUAGACAACUUUUAAAAUUCCUAACCAAACAAGAUGGGAAAGAAUAUUCUCAGGUUCUUAUGGCAAAUAAUAUAUUUUUGAAUAAUUUGGCAUCAGUUUUUAAAGGAAUUACAACUCCACUUGAAGUCAUUAAAGUAUUUAGAGAAUUAUACACACUUUGGUUUAACGAAACUGGCAAAAUGAAUACAUGCUUAGAAAUUUUAUGUCGAGCAAAAGUACAAUUAUCUGAAAUAAUAAUCAUUCUCUAUGGAUCAGGAAUUAAUGCUGUGGAAGCCUUUCAAAAUUUACAUCAACUUUUGUUCGAUUCAUUGGGAAAUAAAACUCGUUAUUUGACAAAUUUCGAAAAAAAUGGAAUAAAUGGAACGAACAUUAGUUCUACUUUCAGGGAAUCAGGUGUCAAUGCUGCUGAAAAUAUUAAAGAGGUCCACGAUAUUUUCUUUGAUUCAAUCGGUGAGAAAACGGAACGUUUCAAUAUUCUCGAAAAAGAGAAAAUUAAUCUACAAGAACUGUUUAGAAUUCUAAAAGCUACGGGUAAUGAAACAAGAGAAAUUUUUCAAAAUCUAUAUAAACUUUGGUUUGAUUCACAAGGAAAGAAAACCGAAUUUCUCAUGAAUUUGGAGAAAGAAAAAAUUGAUUUGCCACUAAUUGUGGAACUUUUGGCUAAAAGUGGUCAAAAUGCACCAGCUGUCUUCAAACAUCUUUACUAUUUUGUACUUGAUAAAAAGGGAUCUAAACAAUACUAUAUAAGAAAACUGGAAAAGGAUGUAAAUUUACGAAAACUAUUUUACAUUGUAAGUGGACGUUGUUUUAAUCCUGUGCAUUUAAAAAAAUUAUAUAAACUUUGGUACAAAUCGAGUGGAACUAAAACUACUGGUAUUUUAAUGUUGGAAAAUUGUGGAGUUACUUUGGAUUUAAUAUCAAGUUUAUUGAAAGGAACAGUUGGAAACGCCCCUAAAAUUUUUAAUAAUUUAAUUAAUUUUUUGCUCGAUAAAGAAGGAAAGAAAACGCAGGAAAUGAAAAAUAUCGAAAAAGUUAUUGAAUUAAGGGAAAUGUUUAAAAUGAUAAUGGGAGCAAAAAGUAAGACGUAUAAAAUUUUCGUUAAGUUAUAUAAACUUUGGUUUGAUGAAAAAGGAAAUAGAACAAAUCAUCUUUUAAUUUUGGAGAAAAAUAAUAUUACUUUAAUGGAUCUUUCAAGUCAAUUUUAUGGAUCAGGAUUUGAUGUUAUUGCAAAUUUUAAAAAAAUUACUAAAUCUUUAAGCAACGUAAAGUAAAAAGAAAUAAUUUUUUUAGUAUAAGUGGAAUAAAUUCUAUUGAUUCUCCACUUUUUUUCACUUUUUUUUGUAGGUACUUUUGAUAACUACCGACGCAUUUAUUAACUAUAAGAUUUAUUAUUUUGUUAUCCGGUUUUUGAAAAACCACUUUGAAAAUAAAUAUUUUUAUACAUUUCUAUAUUAUUUAUAUUGAACACUUUUCUAUAAAACGAAAAACAAAAAGGAAUCAAUAUCAAAGAACACAAAUGUGACGCGCUCCGAAAAAAGGUUCCUAAAAAGGUUCAUUAGAACCUUCAUUAAAUAAUCUUUUUUUAAUUUACUUUGUUUGUCAUUUACGCAUAAUAUUAAAUAAAAAUUGUAUUUAAGUUUUUAUAAUUAAACAUUUUGUGAUUUUUUCUAA